AUGAAUUAUUUAAUAGGAGCUGUCAAUGGUGAUUGUCGUUGUUAUUUAUUCGAUAGUCAAUUUCAUUCGAAUGGUACAUUUAAAUCACCAAAUUAUAAUAUACUACAUGGUAUUAUUGAACAGUAUGAAUGUAUCAUUUAUAUAUUCAAAGCGAAAUCCAAUGAAAUUGUACAUAUUUCAUUUGUGAAUUUUCAUUUGUCACGUUAUUUACAUCAACAACAACACUAUAAAGAAUCACAACAAAUCAUUGAUGAGAAUAAUAGUAAUAAUAAUUUUUGUUUAGAAUAUGUUCGAAUUUACGAUAAGCUAGAAUCUAACGAAUUACAACAAAUCAAUACUGAUCAAUAUAGUUUUGAAUUAUGCGGUACAUUGGAUGAAUUGUCACAGCAUCAUUUUAUUUCAAAACAGCACAUUCUUAUUAUGGAAGCACGUUUAUCAUCUACUCUUGGUCUAUUGAAUUUAAAUUAUAAUGGAUUUUCGGGAAAAUUUAAAUUUGAACCAAAAAAUCGAUAUAUGAGUAAUGGUCAACAUGUGAUUGGAACAAAAUGUGAUCAUUUCAUUCAAAGUCCAAUUUAUGAAGAGAAAUUAAUCACAGUCGCAAUGACUAAUCGAUCAUCAAAUCGAUUAAAAUCUGGUUAUUUAUUUAGUCCAAAUUAUCCACAAAAUUAUCCAGCAAAUAUGAUAUGUAAUUAUUAUUUCAUUGGUCAAUUACAUGAACGUGUAAUGAUUAAUUUAUUAGAUGUAGAAUUGAAAAGUUUCAUUAAAACAAAUAGUAAAACUCAACUUCCACCAACUGGUGACUAUUUACAAAUAUCUGAAGCCGAACACAUUUUAUUAUCACGUGAUACUAGUCUGAGUGACACAGUCUCUUCCUCCACUUCCCCGUCAUCAUCAUCAUCAUCAUCAUCAUCAUCAUCAUCAACAUUGACUUCUCCACUAUUGCAUCAUUCGCCACAUUCACAAAUUCUUCAAUCCACUGAACUUAUUCAAUAUAUUUAUGGUCAUUUGACAAAUGAUGUACAAAUUAUUUCUACAGGUCCAUAUAUGCUCAUCACAUUUAUCAGUAAUAAUGAUACAAAUCAAUCCAGAGGAUUUGAAGCAAAAUAUUAUUUUGUACAUAGAAAUCAAGUGAAGCCAACAAUUAAAACGAAUCAUUUUGGUAAUAAUAAUAAUAAUAAUAAUAAUAAUCAUGACAGUCGUAAUGAUAACAAGAGGAAAAUCAAUAAAUUCUCAUUGCAUCAACGACCUGUUCAUCAUCAUGAACAUGCUUCAUCUGCACCGAUCGAUAUUAUUUCUUCUGAUGUAGCAAUUAACAAGACAUUCUCAAAUCACCAGUCCCACCACGUACGACAAACCAUUAUCCAAUGGAAUCAACAUCCCAACAAUGGAUUCAUCUAUUCACCAGCUUAUCCAAACAUGUAUCCAACAAAUCAAAUUCAUGAGUAUAUUUUGAAUGCUUCACCUAAAGGACGCAUACAAAUCAGUAUUGAAACAUUCCAACUAGAUGAACAAACAACAUUUAGCUGUAGGUCACAUACUGGUGAUAAAUUAGAAAUCUAUUCACAUAUAAAUCAAACCAUCAAUCCAUGGAUUGUAUUAUGUGGUGUACAAAUAUCAAUAAAAUAUAAGUUGAUUGAAUCUUUAACUAAUUACCUUUUACUCCGUUUCAUAUCAGACAAUAUUAGAUCAAGUAGAGAGAAAGGUUUUCAGCUGUAUUAUAGAUUUAUCAAUGAUCAGAGGAAUUAUUCACAUUUCACUAGUUCGAAUAUGACUAACAAACACCGAAAUAAUUAUUCUAAACAUCAAGAGUUUGUGCAAUUGGAUCCGAACCUAAUGGAUGAGCGUCAGUAUGAAUUUGUUCAACAUUUCAAUGGCGCCAUUGAUGUGAUGAAUAAAACUAAUGAAGAUCAACAGAUUAAUAAUGAUCAUGUGUUAAACAAUAAAAUAUUAAUAGGUCAUUCAAACAAACCAGCUGAAUCGAAGUUUGGCGUUCGUAAAGAAACAGUAUUGGACACUGAACAAAAAAAAUGUUCAUAUCUAAUUGAAAGCAACGAUCAAAUUGACUUUUCAACUUUUCAACAUCUUCACAUAAAAGAUAUGUUAUUAAAAAAUUAUCAAACAGUUUAUCAGUCAAAUAAAUAUCAACAAGAUAGAAUUCUUUGUGAAUGGAUAUUCAUUGGUAAACCAUAUCAACGUGUUCAAGUUCGUUUAGUCUCUAAAACCUCCUCCACUUUGAGAGAUGAUGAUGAUGAUGAUGAUGAUGAUGACAGUAGUAGUAAUAAUGACAAUAAUAAUAAUAAUAAUAAAGAGAAGAUGAAUGGGGCAUCGCCAAAUUUGUCAACUCAAAGCACAAUACCGAAUCAAUCAGAUCCAAUGAAUUCCAACAGUAUCGAUUCUAAAACUUCGCCAAUUUUUAAUGGACUCAAUAUCAGAUGUAAUACAAAUUACUUACUCAAACUUAUAAAUUAUCGAUUAAAAUCCACUUCUUCCAACCUUCAACCAUUAUCUAAAGAUUUCUUAUUAUCAACGAAUCAUUACAAUCCUACCAAAAACACAGAUCUCAGCAACAACACAAAUCUACUUCAUGAACACUUAUUGAAUCCAAUCAAAUAUAAAUCAUUCUAUACAUCAGAACAACAAGUCACGAUUUGUUUAAGUUCACCAUUGAGGAUCGAUUUAAAUAGUGCGGUUUAUAUGUCCGGUUUUGUUCCACGUUUAAAAAUUUUACUCAUCAAAACAAAUCAUUCCAUUAUUGAUCAUCAGAAUAGAAACUUGAACGCCACAACAUCUUUAUUCUCCUCAUCAUCAUCAUUGACAUAUUGGAAAUCUGUGAAACAAUCAGCUGAAGAAUAUUCAUUCAUUCCAUAUGAUAUUGAAUAUAGAUUUGUAUAUGAUUAUGGAGUGAAUAAAUCACAUGGAACGCAAAAUCACCCGCACUGUAAUUUCAGUUUUUACAGUUCGACAUCAAAAACUGGUUAUUUCACUACACCAAAUUAUCCUGGCUUAUAUCCAAUUGAUAUUAUCUGUGAAUAUCAGUUGAUCGGUAGGCGAAAUGAAAUGAUCAAUUUAGAAUUUUAUAAAUUCGAUGUAGAAAGUAAUUCGGUCAGAUGUUCCACCGAUGGUGACAGUGAUUAUGUGGAAAUUCGUGCUUGUUCAACAUUAUCACUAUUAGAUUUAACACGACGUUAUUAUUGUCAAAAAAUUCCAUCGAAUAGUACAAUUUAUGUACAUUGGAGAAAUUCAUGUUUAAUUAUUAAAUUUUUUUCUAAUGGUUUAAUUGUUCGACAUGGAUUUUUAGCAGUUUAUACAUUUUUAGAUUCAAAAUCAACGACACUUCGAUUGAACAAAUUCAAAUGUACAUUGAUUAUUUUAUUGAUUCAUAUGUUUUAUUUGAAACAUUUCUAAAAUUUGAAAUUUAUUUUUGAAAAAAAAA